GGUUUGGACAGUCGACACCGAGAAGGCACGCAAGCAUCAUCGUCUCUCUCGCGAGAGAGAGAGAGAGAGAGAGAGAAAGAGAGAGAGAGAGAGGGACAGAGAGGCGGCAAGUGCGGAGGAAAGACGAAGGUGAAGAGAAAGAAAAAAAAAAAACAACGGAGCGAUUCCUUGAAGGAACUCGAAGUGGUGUCGUACUAUCUGCUACUGGCGGGAUGCGGCUGCCGGCGAUCCUCGCCGGCCUCCUGCUGGUCGUGCGGCUCUCCAGAGGCGAAAUCCUGACGCCGCCGUACUUCAACCUGGCCGAGGGCAAGGAGAUUAUCGCCUCGGCUACAUGCGGCGUCGACACUACCACUCCGGAGCUCUACUGCAAGCUCGUCGGCGCGAAUGCUGACCAGCACGAGGAUAUCAAUCUGAUCCAGGGUCAGGUAUGUGAUCAUUGCGAUCCUGACAUUCCGGAGAAGGGACAUCCGCCUGAAUAUGCGGUCGAUGGUAUGGAAACCUGGUGGCAAUCACCGCCUCUAUCCCGAGGGAUGAAGUACAACGAGGUGAACCUGACGAUCAAUCUGGGACAAGAAUUUCACGUAGCCUACGUCUUCGUGCGCAUGGGUAACUCACCCCGGCCAGGACUGUGGGUGCUGGAGAAGUCGAAAGACUACGGCAAGACCUGGUCGCCCUGGCAAUAUUUCUCGGACUCGGCUAGCGAUUGUAUGACGUACUUCGGCGUGGACAGCCACAAGCCGAUCACCCGAGACGACAGCGUAAUCUGUACCACCGAAUAUUCGAAAGUCGUACCGCUAGAAGGCGGCGAGAUCCCCAUCUCGAUUCUGAACAAUCGACCUUCAGCGAAACAGUAUUUCAAUUCGACCCUCCUGCAAGAAUGGACGCGUGCGACGAACGUGCGCUUUCGAUUUCUCAGAACGAAGAACCUACUGGGACAUUUAAUGUCUGUUGCGAAUGAGGAUCCGACUGUCACCAGGAGAUACUUUUAUUCAAUCAAGGAUAUCAGCAUCGGCGGUCGUUGCAUGUGCAACGGCCACGCAGACACAUGCGACAUUCAAGAUCCCAACAUGCCGAAGAAGUUGGUCUGCCGGUGUCAGCACAACACCUGCGGGCCUCAAUGCGCCACGUGUUGCAAAGGCUUCGAGCAAAAGAAAUGGCGGCAGUCCACAACAUCCAAAAAAUUCGUAUGCGAACCCUGCAACUGCUUCGGCCACUCAAACGAAUGCAUCUACGAUGCGGAAACCGACGAGAAGCACUUGUCGCUGGACAUUCACGGCAAUUACGAAGGCGGCGGUAUCUGUCAGAACUGCAGACACAACACCGAGGGCAUCAACUGCCAUCUCUGCAAGCCGAAAUUCUACAGACCAAGAGACAAGCCGCUGAAUGCAACCGACGUGUGUCAGCCUUGCAACUGCAACUACUUUUACUCAACCGGAAACUGCGCCGACUCCACCGGAAAGUGCGAGUGCCGGCAGGAGUUCAGUCCGCCAGACUGCGAUUCUUGCAACUACGGAUAUUUCGGGUAUCCAAACUGCCGCCCCUGCGAGUGCAACUUGCAGGGCACCGAGGGUUACCACUGCGAAGCUGUGGACGGCUAUUGCCCCUGCAAGCUAAACUACGCCGGUCACUAUUGCAAUCUUUGCGCGGAGGGAUACUACAACUUCCCUGAUUGUUCGCCCUGCAACUGCAAUCCUCUGGGCGCCCUGCAUUCAGUCUGCGACGUUGUAUCCGGCAACUGUACAUGCAAAAACAACUACGGCGACAGAACGUGCGACAUUUGCGAGGACGGUUACUUCAAUUAUCCUUUCUGCACAUACUGUAAUUGCGAUGCGCGCGGAACGAAGCCCGGUAUUUGCGACAAACAGGACGGUGUUUGUCUGUGCAAGGAAGGAUACGGCGGCGUCAGGUGCGACCAGUGCAUCCCCGGUUACUACGGCUAUCCGAACUGCAGACCGUGUAACUGCAGCUCUGUCGGCUCGUCCAGCAUCAGCUGCGACAUUACGGGCAAAUGUUCAUGUCUCGCCAACUUCGCUGGAAAGACCUGCAGCCAAUGCAGUCCAGGAUACUACAAAUACCCCGAGUGUAUCGCGUGCAAUUGCGAUACUCACGGCUCGAUCGGCGUGUCCUGUGACGGCGAAGGCAAGUGCCAAUGUCGCGAGAACUUCGACAGCACCCACUGCGAACAGUGCAAGGAAGGUUAUUACAAUUUCCCCACUUGCGAGGGUUGCAACUGCGAUCCGUCUGGUAUUGUCGCGACUUUUCAAGGCUGCGGUUCUCUGCCACCCGGCGAACUUUGCCAAUGUAAAGAGCGGGUCGAAGGCAGGAUAUGUAACCAGUGCAAGCCGCUCUAUUGGAAUCUGCAGCCUUACAAUCCGGAUGGUUGCGAAGAAUGCCACUGCAACAUUCCCGGAGUUAUCGGCAGCAUCGGCGAGUGUGACACUAAGACUGGACAGUGCAUAUGCAAGUCUAGCGUGACCGAUAGAGGCUGCAGUCGAUGCGUCGACGGCACGUACAACCUUCAGGAGAGCAAUCUCUUUGGUUGUUCUGACUGCUCCUGCGACGUCGGCGGUUCCGUGAGUCUCAUAUGCGACAAGCAGACCGGCCAGUGUCCUUGCCAGCCGCGAGUGACCGGUCUCACAUGCAAGGAGCCUCUAAAGGCGCAUUAUUUCCCCACUCUUCAUCAGUACCAAUACGAGGCUGAGGAUGGCAGGACUCCCAGCGGCAGCGCCGUCCGUUACGGCUUCUCCGAGGACCUUUUCCCAGGCUUCAGCUGGAAGGGCUACGCCGUCUUCUCCACCCUGCAAGACAAAAUUGUAAUAGGUGUCGGUAUCGGCAAGUCUUCGGUCUACCGCAUGGUCCUACGCUACGUGAAUCCGAACAACGAGCCAAUCCUCGGCACCAUCACCAUCGUCCCCGACAAUCCGUCCGAAGUGGAGCAGCAGUUCAAGGUGAAUUUCAAACCGACCAGCCGACCGUCCUUCGUGACGGUCGCCGGAACGCACGGCAACCAUCCGUCGCCUAUGGUGAUGAACCCCGGGCACUGGUCCGCCAAUAUCGCCACGCAGAAAAGUCUGUUCCUCGACUACUUGGUUCUGCUGCCGUCCGAGUAUUACGAGGGCGGCAUACUGACGCAGGAUGUGAACGUGCCCUGCGAAAUUGGCUACAAGGGACUCUGCAGGCAUUACGGAUACCCGAAUCUGACACGCUUCGACUCGGUUCACGGCGCUGGCGGCUUUCUCAGCGACAACAACGCCCGCAUACCGCUGAGCGAGUAUUACACUGAUCUUGAGACUCUGCGGGAGAUCGGCGAGAGCGAGAUGCCGCUCAUUAAUGACCAGCAGGAGGAGAUCCAUUUCGAUCUGAGGGUCAGCAAACCCGGUCCCCACGUUCUCGUCGUGACUUACGUCACUCCGCGGGAUGAGCGGGCCACGUCGGUGCUGCUGAUCGAGGCCAACACCGUCGGCAAAGGCAAGGCCACGUUGAACCCUUGCAGAUACACCAGCACCUGCCGUCAGGUCGUCACAGACACGUACGGCAAGGUGGCAGUCAUGAAUUUCGCGUCGAAUUACGUCAGCCUGGUGCUGACCGGCGAGCGAAAUUCAAACGUCGCGAUCGACUCGAUAGUGGCGAUUCCCUACCACCAGUGGUCGCUGGAUUAUGCGAAGCUCAAGUCCAUCUGCGUGAGGAAAAACGGCAAGUGCGUGCAGGGACUCUUCCCCGGCGCCGCCGAGGCGAAAAGGAUCGAAUUCGAGACGUCCAGCGGCGUCGCCGAGUCUGAAAACCGACCUUUCGGCAUCUACGACAACGCCACUAAGCUGAUCUAUCUAGGCGACAAUGGCAUGAUGGUGGAUAUUCACGCGAAGGUCUCCCAGCCGGGAGACUACGUCUUCGUGGUGCAGUACUAUCAGCCGGAUCAUCCUCAGUUCGAGCUGGACGUGCUGGUGCAGAACGGCAAGUUCUACGAGGCGAAGGUGCCGGUGCCCCACUGUCCCAGUAACAGCGGCUGCCGCAGCAUCGUGCACCAGAUCGACGGCGGCAGCACCAGGUUCCAGCUGAUCGAGAACUUUGUGCUGACGUUCAAGGAGCCCGACGACGGCCGCGGCAUCUGGCUGGACUACGUAUUGGUGAUCCCAGCGGAUCAGUACAGCGACAAGAUCCUCAGUAAAUUACAGCUCGACGAGACGAAGGAGUUCAUCAAGCGCUGCGGCAGCAACCACUUCCACAUCAACGUCACCGAGGACGACUUUUGCCGCGACUCCAGCUUCUCACUCACGGCCAACUACAACAACGGCGCGUUGCCGUGCAACUGCGACGUCGAGGGCUCCACCAGCUUCGAGUGCGAGAAGUUCGGCGGCCAGUGCCCGUGCCGGCCCAACAUCAUCGGCAGGCGAUGCGAAGUCUGCCGAACCGGGUUCUACGGCUUCCCGCGGUGCAGACCGUGCAACUGUCCCAUAACCGCGCUCUGCGAACCCGGCAGCGGCCGGUGCAUCUGUCCGCCGCGAGUGACGGGUCAACGUUGCGACCAAUGCGAGAUCGGCACCUACGGCUUCCACCCGAUCAUCGGCUGCGAGGAGUGCAACUGCUCGCCUCUGGGCGUGCUGGGCGGCGAUCUGCAGUGCGAUCUGUUCGACGGCGGCUGCCGCUGCAAGGAGAACGUGGUGGGUCGUCAGUGCGACCGCUGUCUCGCCGGCUACUCGCAGUUCCCGCACUGCGAGCGCUGCGACUGCGACUCACGUGGCACCACCGGCGACAUCUGCGAUCAGUACACAGCUGAAUGCUUCUGCAAGGCGAAUGUGCAGGGGCUGGCGUGCGACGUGUGUCGCGAGGGCACCUUCGACAUUCAGACUGACAACGAGGAGGGUUGCACCAAGUGCUUCUGCUUCGGCAAGACCACCAGGUGCGCUUCGGCGAGCCUCUACUGGACUCACCACAUCGACAUGGCUGGCUGGGAAUUGAUCGUGCCCACCGACAAGAGCGGCAACUUCAGCAAUCUGUCGACCUAUCCUGAAGAGAACACCACCACAAUCACAGUUUCUCUUACCACCAACGACACCUUCGAGAACGUGGUCUACUUCUCAGCUCCUGACACCUACCUGGGCAAGAAGUUCACUUCCUACGGCGGCUACGUGAACUACACCGUCUAUUACACGACGGGACCUUUCGGCAAGGCCGUGAGCGCCGCCGACGUGAUUCUUCAGGGCGCCAACACCACGCUUUUCCACUACGCCGACGAGCAACCGCCGUCUUUCGUCAACUUUAGAGCAUCCCUACGCCUCGUCGAGGCGAACUUCGUGACUAGCAGCCGACUCAGCGCGACCAGGGAACAAAUUAUGGUGGUUCUCGAGGAUCUAAGUGGAUUGUACAUACGCGCUACAUACUGGGAUCCUAGCAUCACGGCUUCAUUAUCGUACGCGACUUUGGACAUCACAACGGAGCAGUACUCGCCCCAGUACAGCGCCCCGGCUAGCAGCGUGGAGCAGUGCCAGUGUCCGCCUAAUUAUCAAGGACUCUCAUGCGAGGAAUGCGCUCCAGGAUUUUACAGAGUCAAAUCGGGACCCUACGGAGGAUACUGCGCGCCCUGCCAGUGCAACGGCCACGCCAGUACGUGCGACGUGAACACAGGAAUCUGUCAGAACUGCAAGGACGGCACCAUCGGCGCACAUUGCGAGUUCUGCGAGCAGGGCUACUACGGCAACGCCACCGUCGGCACACCGACGGACUGUCUGAUCUGUGCGUGCCCGUUGCCGUUCGCUUCCAACAACUUCGCCACCGGCUGCGAGGUGAACGAGGAGGGCAAUAAGAUCAGCUGCGACUGCCUGCCCGGCUACUAUGGCGCUCGCUGCGAGGCCUGUGCCGCCGGUUUUUACGGCAACCCCGAAACGUACGGCAAUCACUGCAAGCCGUGCGAGUGUUCCGGCAACAUCGACACCAACCAGAUCGGCUCCUGCGACAGCAUCACCGGCCAGUGUCUGCAUUGUCUUAAUAACACCUACGGUGAGGCGUGCAAUCUGUGCGCACCCGGUUACUUCGGCGACGCCGUGCAGCGGAAGGACUGCCGCAGCUGCGUGUGUGACGAGUGCGGAAUGGAGCACUGCGACAGUUACAACGGGCGGUGCUUCUGCCAGGAGAACGUGAUCGGCGAGCAAUGUGACCGCUGCGCACCCGAUCAUUACGGCUUCAGUGGCUGCUUGGGCUGCACACCUUGCGACUGCGACGCGGCCUCGAUGAGCAGCCAGUGCGAUGACGAAACGGGACAGUGCGAGUGCGCGCCCGGCGUCACCGGUCGCAGAUGCGAUCAGUGCAUCCCGGGAUACUGGAAUUACAGUCCGAAUGGAUGUAUAUCGUGCGAAUGUCACACUGGUUACUCCGUCGGCGUGUCUUGCAACGCAACCACCGGUCAGUGCUCUUGUCUACCUGGUGUGAUCGGCGAAAAAUGUGAUCACUGCCCGUAUCGACACGUGCUUAUUCCAAAGCAGGGUUGCUUCUCUUGCAGUUCUUGCACAGGAAAUCUUCUGGACGUCACGGAUGAAUUGGCCGAUUUGCUGGAGCCUAUCUCCCGCGAGUAUAGUACGGUGGCGGAAGGUUACUUCACGAACCAACGGCUCAAGUUUAUCAACGACACGGUCAACGAGCUUCAUCCCAGCGUUGAACUGCUGGACCCAAAUCGGGUGAAUCUGCUGCCCUUGCAGAAAAAUCUAAGCCGACUGGAGCACGAGAUAUACAAUCAGAAACGGCGGAUCGACUUCACAGCCGAGGACAGCGUCAAGUGGAAGGACGGCGCGGAGGACACGCUGCGCAAUAUGAACGCCUUGGAAGAGGAUUCGGUGCGCAAGAUCGAUCUAGUGAACCAGAUUGUAUCCGAAGUGCAGUCGCUGGCGCAGAACAUCGACGUGGGAACAAGCGCCAAGGACGACAGCGCUCUCGACGAGGCGAAGGAGAUUCUGAAGAAGAUCAAGAACGUUUCCUUCGUCUCGGCGCGGGACAAAACCUUGGACCAGUCGGAUCAGGCCAACAUUCUGUUCUCAGAAAUAGAGACGUACAGCUACCCGGUCAACAAUCUCACCUUUGACACGCUCGAUCUCAGUAACAGAAUCAACAACGCCAGCGCCAAGAUGGAUGAUCUGCUGAAUCUCACGCAGGAGGCUCAGAAGAAGGCCGUCGCGGUGGAUAGACUCAAUCGCGAGAACAGAAUCGCCGCGCAGACCGGCAACUUGGACGUCGUAAGAAAUUACACGGCCGAGGCGAAAGAGGACUUGGUGGCCGGAGAGGAGCUCAACAGGAACGCCAGCCAGUUCCUCAACGACGCGCGGGACAACAUUAAUAUUCUGGAAACCAACGCUGUUAACAAGACGAUCGCCCAGCUCAACGGCACUAUUGUUUACAACGAUGAAGAGUUGCAGAAGCAGGUUGACUUGGUGCAAUCGGCCCAAAAUUACUCGAUGAUACUGUACAAUCGUUCGAUAGCGUUGGACGCUCUGCUAACCGAUACUCGUAACACCGACGCGGUGAGGGCUGUUUCGGCAUACAGGGACAUCGAAACCGCGAUUCAAGCUGCGAGAAACGAUACGGACGCCGCCUUGAUCGCUAUCGACAACGCGUCAUCGUUGUUGGACGGACUUGAGGAAAAGGUGAAGAGGGCCGAGGACGAGUGCACGACGUUGAUGAAUGAUGCGAUCAUGGUUCUACGGAAGACGACGCAGGAUGACUCGCGAGACGCAAGGAACAACACGGCUCUGAUUGACAGUCAAAACAAACGCAACAAGGAGAUUCUCGAUUCCGUCACCAAGAUUCUCGAAAACAUUCCCUCGCAAUCGUCCGCCGUUGUGAAAGGCGCUAUAGAGCAGGCGGAGGACGUCGAGUACAACAUCAAGACUGCCGUCAGCAACAUGAACGGCAUCGUCGAUAAGAUCCCGGAAGACUUGCAAGAGGCGAAGCAGCUUUCGAAGAACACGUCGGAGUCGAUCCGCGACAUCUCGCAGGCGAACAAACAGCUGGACAUUGUGGACAAAGUGCUGCCGAACAUCACCAGUCUGCUGAACAGUCUAAGUGGCAACAAGGAGUCGAUCGAUUCGAAUAGGAACGAUCUGCAGGACAAGAUCGCGGCGCUGAGGAACAAGAUCACGAACGCCCGAGAGCUGGCCAAUCGAUUCAAGAACGGCUUGACUUUCUACAGAAACACCACUUUGGAGCUGAAGAAUCCGGAGAGUCUGCCGCUGCUGGACACGUCCACUAAGAUCUCCCUGUAUUUCAGAACCAACAAGACCAACGGCUUCCUACUGUACCUCGGCAACGAGGAGAAAACAAAAUUGCCGCGCUCCAAGACGCAUGACUUCAUGGCGCUAUUGAUUGAGAGCGGCUAUCCCGUGCUCAUAGUCGAUUUGGGAUCCGGACACGAGAAGAUUAUUCACAACAAGUUCGUCUCGGACAACGUGUGGCGGCAGAUAAUCAUCGACAGGAUCGGCCGAAAGAUCAAGCUGAUCGUUCGCGAGGACAUCGGCGAGGGCGAGGAGAAGCUGCACGAGAAGGAGCGAACCCUGCAAGGCUCCUAUUACAUGUUCGACGUGGACCAGGAGCACUCGAAGCUAUUCGUCGGUGGCUACCCGUCAUCCUUCGGCAUCCAGGACGCCGUAACCGCGUCCUCGUUCGAGGGUGAAAUGGAAGAGCUGGUGAUAGGCGACAUACCGGUGUCCUUCUGGAACUUCGUCGACGGCGAGAACAAUUGGAACAGCGCGAUCGAGCGCGACAAGCUCAUCAACUUCGCGCCGAGCACCGGCUACCGCUUCGACCGACACGGCUACGCGAUCCUCAGCAAGAGAAGCUCGCAGAUCUCGCCGGACACCAAAAAGUUCAGCAUUAAGCUCUUCAAAACCUUCGCCGAAGAUGGGCUGAUCUUCCUGAUGGGCAAAGGCAAGCAGUUCCUGUCGCUCGAGAUGAGAAACGGUCGUCUGUUGUAUCAGUUCGACCUCGGCGAGGGCGAGAUCGCCUUGAAGUCCUCGGACACGUAUAACGACGGUAAUUGGCACGUCGUGGAGGCCCUUAGACAGGAAAGGAAAGGCGUGCUCAAGGUCGACGGGCACAGCAUCGUGUCGAGAGAGGCGAAGGGAACCAUCAAGACACUGGUCUCGUCGGAUCACAUUUACUUCGGCGGAUAUCCACCAAAUGCGAAGCAUCCCUAUCAGCCGGUCAGCAGCAGCGGCUUCGAAGGCUGCAUCGACAACGUCAUCAUCCGCGACACUUCGAUCGAUCUCACGCGCAACGUGCAGGCAUUCGGAGUUAUGCCUGGCUGUCCCGUCAGGUUCGCCAGCCUGGUUUCCUUCGAGAAGAGCACGCCCGGCUACGUGCGGUGGCGCAAUUUGGCGUCGGACGGCCUGCAGGUGAAUCUCAAGUUCAAGACAUUGGCCAGCGACGGUCUCAUCUUCUACGCGACCAGCAAUGAGCAACCAAGCGUCGCCACCAGCUAUCUGUCGCUAGAGAACGGCCAGCUAGUGUUCAGCAGCCAGGGCGAGGAACUGAGAACCAACCCGACGGACAUCAAGUUCAACGACAACGAAUGGCACGUGGUGACCGCCACUCACAGUCCGUCGUCUCUCAGCCUCGAUAUCGACGACACGAAGAGCUACGGCACCGAUUCGCCGCCGCCGCCGCUGCACUUCCUCUACGGCAGCCUGUACAUCGGCGGACUGCCGUCCAGCUGGGAUCCCGACGGCAACGCCGUGCCUUUCGUCGGCUGCAUCGGCGACGCGACGCUCAACGGCGACAUCAUUAUCAAUUUCGCCAACACGACCGAGAGACCGCACGCGUUCCUCGGAAAAUGCAAAGGGGGCGAUCAGACGCCUCUACCAACAUUUAUCGAACCCGAAGUGUUACCGCCAUUGCUGCCAUCGGAAGGUUCCGAGGAUACAGUCGAGCAGUCGACUCAAAUCAAUAUAAUUGACGUCCCUGGAUUAGAGGACAAGGACGACGACGAGCUUGAACCAGAACUUGAAGGACGAAUAAACGGUGAAAAGUUCGAUUUCACGACUACGCAGAGGCCGCUCACGCAGCCUCAGACCGUUGACGAGUGUCAGCUGCCGUACUUCCCCGCCGUGGAUCCUGAUCUCGGAAAUACUUGGCGAUUUGGCACUGCGAAAAACAGUAGGUGGGAAUACAGAACGUUGAACGGAAGGUACAAGGACAAUUAUGAUUUCCAAAUCGAUAUAAAAACAACAGCGGAUGAAGGAAUUAUAUUCUACACCUCCGAUCUCAAUAAAAAAGCUUUGAUCGCGUUGUACGUGUCCGAAGGAAAGGUUAACUACAAAUUCAACUGCGGAACCGGAUCGGCGUUUCUGAUGACCGAGAAAAAGAUCAACGAUAACGAGUGGCACACCGUGAUUUUCAAGAGAGACGGUAGCUACGGCGAGCUGACUGUGGACGAUGAAUCCAAGUCGGGAUUCUCGUUGGGAACAGCCACCAAGAUCAACGUCAACCCGCCGUUCUUCGUGGGUGGCGUUUUGCCAGAGAUACACAGCAUCGUAUACGAGAACAUUGGUCUCAAUAAGACGUUCAGCGGCUGUUUAGGAAAUUUCAUGAUGAACGGACAAUCCGUCGGGGAACCAUCGGAGAGGAUAGGCGUGAUACCUUGCUCGAACAGAGUCGAGCCUGGUCUUUUCUUCUUCCCAGGAAACGGCAGUAACUUAUUCAAGACGGUUGAGAACCGAUUCAACGUUGAACGCAUGGUGAACAUUCAAAUGGAUAUAAAGCCGCGCUCGACGUCCGGACACUUGCUGUCGGUGCACGGUAGGAGAGAUUAUCUUGUGCUAGAGAUGGUUAACGGCACCAUCAAAUUCCUCUUGAACACGCAUAAGGGCCCGAUCGAGACUUCGUUCAAGCCGACGCAACCGAACUCCUUGUGCGACGGUCACUGGCACAAUAUUCAAGCUGUUAAAGAGAAGAACGCGGUGAUGUUGUCGGUCGAUUACAAACCGGCGCCGCCCAGUUUCGGCGGUGCGAACGUGGCGAAAUUCUUGUCGAAAUAUCCAAUAUUCAUCGGUGGCCACCCGAAUCUGGGAAAAGGACUGCGAGGCAGCAUGUCGCAAGCUCAGUACGUUGGCUGCAUCAGCAACAUUCAGAUCAACGGAAAGUUGAUUAAAAUCAAGCCCGAGCGAGUGUUCGGGCAAGUCCUCGCUGGUGUAUGCCCGACCAUUUAAAGCGAUAAAAGAAUUUUGACGGCCCACGCCAACUUAAAUCCUUAUCCGGAAUCUUAAUUUGACCGUUUUUUUUUCUUCACAUUUUAUUAAUUCGCGAUAAUCGACUAAAACAUAACAAAUAAACAGUAAAUCUGCGAAAAACUGAACUUAAACAUCCGUUAGUCUUCUUCUUCGGGGAAAAUAUUUUCUGACUUUUAUCAGCGAUGAGAAAUUAUUUGUACGGGACAUACAAAAAAAAAAGAACUCGCUUGUAACCAAAGAUAUGAUUUAAUUAAAUGACGUAAGUUAUAAAAUACGUAGACUGGAAGUUGGUUUUGAUGCAUAAAAGGACGCAAGCUAAAAACAGGAAGAGAUACUUGUAAAAGUUAUAAGCGUUUUAUUUUGUGAAUAUAUAUGUAUACGUAAUGUAAUUAAUUGUGCGUUGUACCGCACUCGGCACAUCUUGUAAAUAAAUCCAAAUUCCUAUACAAUAAAUUCUCAAAAGUCCGUUUUCAUAAA